GUUUUUCCUUUUUAGUAUAUUCGUGGUUUUGCAAUUUGUGCUACAAGUAUCGUAUUGAACAUUAUUACUAAAAAUGAAAUAAUAUUUGAACAAAAGAGCAAUUCUAAUUGUUGUUUGCAUAUUGGAAAGCUGUGUUUUGUUUAAUGAAAAACAAAAAUACAGCCGACGACUAUAUUCUAAAAAAAAAAAAAAAAAAAAAACAACUCGCUCAAGGCUAACUCAUACUUCAGUUUCCAUUUAUCAGGACAGACACGUGUCAGUUACCAGCGAAUAUCUUGACGAGCAGGUGAAGAACCUCGAAAGCAGAAGAUUCAAAACCCACCUGAAAUCAUCGGCCACACACUUGCAGUUUGAAGUUGGAGAAAUUGGAAAAAAAAUGGAGAGAGAUGGUGAAGGAACAGUGAGCUCACCGACGCAGAGGGUUAGCGACGGUCGUUCAAUUUCACCUACUAGAGUCCGACCCGGACCAGACCCAUUCCUAGUGACUUGUAGAUUAUUCAGCUUUGUUACUGCGUUAGCCGCUAUUCUCUGCAUUGCUGUUAAUGUUUACUCUGCCGUAAGAUCAUUUAAGAAUGGCUAUGACGUAUUUGAUGGAAUUUUCCGCUGUUAUGCGGUGGUGAUUGCGAUUAUUGUGGUUGUUGCUGAGACCGAGUGGGGAUUUUUCAUCAAGUUCUGGAAGGUGUUGGAGUUUUCAGCUGGAAGGGGCAUGCUACAGAUCUUUGUUGCAGUGAUGACCAGAGCUUACCCUGAAGAUUAUGGGCAUAGGAAUGAUCUCAUUCUUGUCCGGAACAUAGCUAGCUACUUGCUUCUUACCUGUGGUGCCAUUUACAUUAUAUCAGGAAUAUUGUGCUUUGGCUUUAUCAAACGUGCUCGCCAGGCGAAAGAAAUCUCCAGGGAGCAAGCCAUUAAGGAUCUGCAGGAUUUGGAGCGUCAAAGAGAAGAGCUUGAAGCAUUGUUGAUACAAGAGAGGGCUUGAUAACAUGGAGCUGAGGUUAUGGCAACAACAAACCCAACAUUCGAAGUUGAGGAGAAAACUUGGAAAGUAAAGCUCAAAUCAAGAAAUUUUAUGUUGUGUGUGUUUUACAUGCUAUGUUACCCAAUUUGAGAUUGAAAUUUUCACUGAUCUAUGUAUUGCAGAUCUGUACAGUUAUAUAGACCACUUUCCUCAUGGCAAUUAUUGUUAUAGGUUAGAUGGUUGUCUAUUCCUUGUUAGUUUUAGAAUUUAGACAGUUAAAUCUAAGAAGCAGCGCCUGCCCAUAUUGUUUUAGUGUUAGAGCAGGACAAUAUAUUCAACUAAUUAUUCAGUGUUAUAAAUAUAUUAUAUUAUGGAUGUUCA